UUUUUUUUUCUCUCUCUUUCCGUACAGUAUAAUUAUGGAUCCAGAAUUGUCAUCUUCUGUGUGGCCACUUUGCUUAAGUCAUUGGACAUGGGUUAAAAAUAACUUAGUUCUCUGCAUUUGCCAGCAUUCUUAUGAGAAAAAAAGUAUAUAUUCCCUUUUAUGUGUGGACUUAAAUUCACCUUCCGAAACUAAAGGCAUUGCUGCAAGAAAAGUUGCUGACUUAGACAAAUCAGUAGUUGCUAUGUGUACAAAUAGAGAUGGAUCUGUUGUUGCUAUCCAGUAUGAAAGUGGAAUGGUUAAUCGGCUUGAAAUCGGUAUUAGUUUUUUGAUUAAUUUUUUAUAUACAACAGUUAAAACUUGUAACAAGAAUGUCUAUUUGGAAAUUUUUUGAUGGUCUCUCUUCAAAUUUUCUAUGCAUUCAAACUU